GCUAAACAAAUCUAUUAGUCAAGAUAAGCAACCGAAACACCUCAUAAGCACAGAGUCGACCAAGAAAACGCGAGACGAGUCUGAACUCUGAAAGCUCUGCAAUGGCAGGAGGAGAGGAAGCAGGCGAGCUGCAGCUGCUGGGCGCGUGGAUGAGCCCCUUUGUGAUCCGCGUCAAAGUGGCGCUGCAGAUGAAGGGCCUGCGCUACGAGUACAUUGAGGAGGACCUCCAGCGCAAGAGCGACCUCCUGCUGAGGUCCAACCCGGUGCACAAGAAGGUGCCCGUGCUGAUCCACGACGGCAGGCCGGUGUGCGAGUCGCUCGUCGUCCUCGAGUACGUCGACGAGGCCUGGCUCGGGACCGGGCCGCCCCUCCUCCCCUCCGACCCCUACGACCGCGCCACCGCUCGCUUCUGGGCAACCUACGUCAACAACACCUUUUUCCAGUCGUGGAGGACGCUGUUCAGGUCGACGACGGCGGAGCAGAGAGCGGAGGCGUUCAAGAACGUGGUCCCGCAGGUGGAGACGCUGGAGCGAGCGUUCAAGGAGUACUCAAAGGGGAAGGACUUCUUUGGCGGCGACGAGGUCGGCAUCGUGGACCUCGCGCUCGGGAGCUUCCUGGUGUGGAUCAGGGUGGUGGACGAGUUGGCCGGCACCAAUCUUCUGGACGGGGAGAAAUUCCCGGGCUUGGCGGCCUGGGCGGAGCGGUUCUUGGCCGUGGACGCCGUCGCGGAGGUGAUGCCCGAAGCCGGGAAGAUCAUGGAGCACUACAAGUGGUUUCUGGCUAAACUGGCUGCACCGGCUGGUUCUAGCUGAUUGCGAUUGAUCGCGAUAUACUUUGUCAGUGAGACUGCACUGGAAGAAAUAGCUAUUCUCUGUUGAGAGAUGUCGUUUGUGUUGGAUAAAGAAAGCAAACAGUGAGGCACUGUCAGUCUGUUCAGAUGUUAUUUUGUUCAGUAAAAGAGAUUGAAACGAUCAAAUGUUUUCAAUGGAAUAAACACCACGCUGAUGACAUAA